AUGCGUGAGAGGGUUUUAAAUCCUUCACCGACGUUUGACUACGAUGUGGAUGACAUCUUGUGUCUCAAUCCCGAUAGCCCUUUAAGAUUUUUGGAAGAUGAAGACGGCUACAUGAGUCACAGUUGCCAAAUCUUUCAGGAUGGGCUGUUUCCCGUUGCUGGACUAAAUAUGGUGGAAGAAACAGCAGAUGGGCGAGGAGAUGAGGUGAAAAAGGAAACGUGUCUCAGUGUAAAAGACGUGGAAGAGGAUAAAGGCUAUAUAUCGCUUUCGUUUAUCAAUGACAAUAAAGGGGCUGGGUUGGUGAACUCCAAACAGCUUACAACUAACUCAGCCGAGGGUGACUAUCAUCCUCAAACUUCAUCCAAACCACGGUUACAUGAACAAACUGCAACCUCUGGGUGCCUUACCGUCAAAGUGGACAACCUGAUCCCAAGUAGUGGUGAACCUCCCUUGGAGCAUGUGAACAAUAAUUGUUUGGAAAGUUGUAAAUUGGAGGGGGUGUGGGAUAUCGGUCCUCCAAUAUUUGAAUCCUCUAUGUGCCACAGCGAAACGGACAAGUUGAAAGCAGAGCAGAGCUGUCAGGUGUCUGAGGAGGUGCAGGAAAGUGUGACUGAGCCUGUCCAAAGCACACUGAAGAAAGAAGACACUGCUGUGGAAACCAGCUAUGAAGCCACGAUUCCCCUCAAAGUACAGGUUAAAUCCAAAGUACAGAACGCAAACAGAAGCACACCGGACAGCAGUGUUGUUUCUGUCCCAAAGAUGGAGGUGACAAAGCCCAUCAGAGCCCUUCAGCCUGCCAAGCGUGCUUCUCAGAGAUCCAUGGUCUUCAGCAGUGAAUUGCAGUGGGAGCAGGAAAAGGAGCUCUAUGUGAAUUCAGUUGUCAGUCAUAUGUAUGAGAAUCCAGGAGUCAGUAAUGGUGUCACAUCUGAGCUCCGGAGUUUGAUGAGCUGUGUAUCAGCAGGCGUGAAAAGCAGAGAGUGGCAGCAUCCCUCCGACCUCACCCGCAGAAAUUACUGGAGACACUUUGGGGCAGCAGCACCACUGAUUACCCUGGAUGAAUGGCAGGCAAAGAACUGUCUGAUGCACAAGCGCUUCGAUAAGAUACCGAAGAUCUUUGAAAGGAGUCUGUGCCCAUAA